GAACACCUGUCGUUUCGGAUUCACACAGUCAAGCACGGGGACAUUUAAAAAAAAAAACUACAGAGCGGAGACAGAAGAAGGCAUGCAGGGAUGCGGCGAGGAAGACAGCGGGACGGCCUCCAACCUGGCUGGCGAGGAAGAAGGCGGCAGGUUCGAAAUGUUCUCUGAACCAGACGAAGCAGAAGAUGGAAGGGCGGGAGGACGGGUUCAAGGCGAGGGCUGUGAUGGAGAGACGGAGGUCAGUGACCUAGAAAGUUCACAAGAUGACAGUGCAGAAGGACCCCCACCAACAGAUUUCGAGCUGACCCCCGCAGUACUGUCGUCACAGACCUCCAACACAAUCGAUGGCCCGUCCGAAUCUUGCUGGUACUGUCUCAGGUCUCUUGACCCAGAGUAUCACCCCGGGGCUUCUCAGGAUUCGGAUUCAUUGUCUCUGCCGCCAUCUGGAGGCCAAACGAUGAACUACCAGAAGGACCCUCGCCCUCACUUCGGCGUGGCCUGCUCCUCCCACGCGCCGUGUCGCCCCCUGUGGGGCAGCGAGGGGCCCAACUGGGUGCCCAGGGGGACUCCCGAUGGGGUCGAUGAUGAGCUGCAGCAGCAGACACAGCGAGCGUGCCCGCACUGCCACCUGGCAAUGCCCGCUGACACGCUCAGCUGGCAUGAGACAAAGUGUCUCCAGUUUGACGGGCUGCGCAAACUCGACAAAUAG